UGUGUCUGGGCGGAGCUAUAAAGGAAUAGCUGCUCUGGCUGGGAGUUUACUCAGCCAGCAAAGGCCACAGUUAGCCUCUCACUGAAGAGAAGGUGCUCGAUGCUGUUUUGGCCUCAGUGAUGGCGAAAAUCAUUUUUAGGCACCUCAUAGAGACUCCAGUGCGUUACCAGGAGGAGUUUGAAGCUCGAGGUUUGGAAGACUGCAGGCUGGAUCAUGCUUUGUAUGCACUGCCUGGGCCCACCAUCAUGGACCUGAGAAAAGUCAGAGCAGCCCCGCAAGCUCUCCCCCUGGACUCAGUCACCGAAGAGACGCCACCCCAAGAAGGCAAAUCCCGCUUCCAGAUCCUACUGGACGUGGUCCAGUUCCUGCCCGAAGACAUCAUUAUCCAGGCCUUUGAGGGCUGGCUGCUGAUUAAGGCUCAACACGGAACCAGAAUGGACGAGCACGGUUUUAUCUCCCGAAGCUUCACCCGACAGUACAAACUGCCAGAUGGCAUUGAAACCAAAGAUUUGUCCGCAGUCUUCUGUCAUGAUGGAAUUUUGGUGGUGGAAGUAAAGGAUCCGCUUGGGACUAAGUGACACCUUAUGGUUUCCUGCUCAUGGGACCCAAGGAAGAUGGUAGUUCAGCCAGGGUGCCAGGGGAAUGUUUGUACUCCCCACGUUUGAAGUGAUUUGCUGUGACUUUUAUGAAGGUUAAAAAUAAAUACACAAUUCCUGGUAUGUUGAGUCUUUAUUAUUCUUAUGCAGAAAGGAAACUGUUAUGUAUGUUUGCACCGUUCAUGCUGAAGCUGUUCUCACAAUGGAAACACCAGCAAUUUAGGAGAAUGUAGUUUGAUACUACAGAGGACUUAGAAGUGUUUCCAUGACUCUAAAAUGCCAGAGAGGCUAUGUUUGUAUAAUCCUGGCAAAUCAGCCAAACCCAUUUAAGAAAAUCUUAUUCAUUUUAUGAAAAUCUUUUAGGUUGCCAAAAAGAGUUGUGAUUCUCUUCACUUUGAUAAGCUUUUCUUUUUUGUGUAUUUUAAUUAAAGUGGAGAUUUGUAAAUACAGCCUGAGGGCUAAAAUACAGGAUUUGAGAAUUGAGUCUGAAAUCUAUUUCUGAUUCACCCUAGUUAUGACUGUCUUAAACCUCAGUUGGAACUUUCAGUUAUCAAUCUUAUCUUUUUAAAGCUUCAACAUGUACCUUAUCCAUUUUUUAAAGCUAAACUGAAUCCAUCUGGAGUUUUAUUUUUUUAAAUUGUGUCUAUUCUGUGGAUACGUAUAAAUUAUUAAUAAAUUAACCUAGACUGUAUUCUUCUAAAUUAAAUUUAAGAAACUAAAAAAAGUUACUGAAUUCAGCAAGACUUUAGUCUUUGCUAUUUAGAGGCAACUUAAAAUUUUAGAUUCAGAAGGUGACACAGUGCAAUGCAAUGCAUCUGUUUUCUCUGUGCAGUCC